AUGAGCCUCCUUAACACCGACGAGUGGAUGCGGUCCGUCGACGUGCCCGUCUACGCCGGCAACGGCGAGGGCGCGCCGAGGCCCCGCGGGGUGCCCCAGACGCUGCAGUUCCGCAACGGCAUCCCGUUCCAAACGGUGACCAAUCGCGCGACCGCGCCGCCCGGCCCGACCGCGCCGUGGGACAAGCACGACCCGCGGUGGGGCACGAAUCGCCCGUCCACCGCGUCCAACGCCCCGGCGGCGGUGCCCACGCGCAAACCCUCGUGGCUGGCGUACGACGGCGUGAAGCUGCAGUGGCGCGGGUACUUCGAGGAUCUCGAGACCACCAAGCGCACGGGUUUGCCGCGCGUGCGCAAGUGCUUCAUCACCUACCACCUGGAGGACGGCACCGUGGACGUCCGCGAGCCCAGAGAGGUCAACAGCGGCAUCGUCCAGGGCCCGCUCCUCCAUCGCAUGCCAUGCGACAACGCCAACGGCGAGCGCAUGUCCUUCAGAGACAUCAGAGUGGGCGAGCCCAUCGCCAUCUUCUCGCGCACCUACAACGUCCUCGGCUGCGACGAAUUCACCCGAGCGUUCCUCGCCAAGGAGGGCGUGCACGUGCCGCCGGAGAUCCCGUUCCCGCACGAGCGCGACCCGGAGCCGCCGAAGGGCCAGUUCAAGUCCGCGCCGAGCGUGAUGCCCGCCGCGUUUGGAGCGCCCCCGAGGCUGCCCGACGCAUCAUCCGUCGGCGGCGUGUCCGUGCGGUUCAACUCCGACGGCGUCGCCGUCGAGGUUCCAACCGGCGGUGACGACGCCCGCGGAUCCACCGGCGUCCGCCCCGCGCCCCCCAGCGCGAUCGCGGGGCUCAAGGAAGCCGCGGGUCGGCAGUUUCUAGCGUACGACCGCCGAGUGCUGCGCUUCUUCGGAACGUGCGAAGUUCCCGCCGGCGGCGACGACGCGAGGCUCGUGGGCUCGACGCGCAACUUCGUGGUGCACUACUACCUGGCGGACGAUACCGUGGAGGUGCUGGAGGUGAUGCCCGGGAACGCGGGCCGCGAGCCGUACGGCAAGUUUCUCAAGCGUCAGAAGCUGCCGAGGGCGACGCUCGCCGGCGGCGGCUACCGGUACGGCGUGGGCAUCAGGCCCGCGAGCGACGAGACGCUGCGAGCGAGGCGGCGCGAGCCCGACGGGUUUUACCACUGGAGGGACUUUCGCGUGGGUGAAGACGUGGUGGUGUUUGGGUUGGUGCUGACGCUCAGGGACUGCGACGAGCACACCAAGGCUUGGUACGCGACUGAGUGCGGCUUGACGGAUGACGAUUUUCCGUCGAUGCCGCCCCCCGCGGGGCCGCCGCCGAUUCCCAAAAUGGUCGUGCCCCCCAACGUCUCCGGCAUCGGGAGCGAGGCGGACUCGCUCAACAGCGUGUACAGGCUGGUGCCCAAGGUGCCCAAGAAGGACGUGAGCUUCGACGAGUGGCUCAUCAACCAAGGGCAGGUGAUGCGUUUCACCGGUACGCUCGUGGACGGGCCGGGUAAGCCCCCGGUUCCCGAGAACGAAAAGGCCAGGACCUUCGUCGUGUCCUUCUUCCUGGAGGACAACACCCUCGCCGUCUUCGAGCCCCCCGUCGCCAACUCCGGCUACCCCGGCGGGAAGUACCUCGAACGGAGGCCCGCCAGGAAGACUUCGGGGAGCAACGUGUACCUCAGGGCGAGAGAUUGCCACGUGGGCGCCGUCCUGGAGAUCAAAGGGACGUGGAUGCGGCUGAACGCGGCGGACGACGCCACCCUCGCCAUCAUGGAGGCCCGGCCCAAAGAGUUCCCGGGGUCGGACGCCCGCGCCGUGGUCACCGCGCUCACCCAGGCGCUCGCGCGCUCCGGUUCGACGGCGGCGAAGGAGCUGAGCCGGCUCUGCGCCGUCGAGGAUGCCAAACUGGGCGGGGGCGGCGCGAUGGUGCUGAACAGGGCGGCGUUUCUGAACGUCAUGUGCGAGCUGUGCGCGCACGCGCCGGGGCUCGGAGAGUUUGUCGACGCGCAGCGUUUGAUCACGCUGUGGCGGGUUUUGCCCAAAGUUUCGUUCGACCCGUCGCAGACGAGGCUGCCGGCGGGGGUGCCGAAAGAGGCGCUCGGAGAGGAUCACGCGCUCAUCGCGGACGUGUUCGAGACGCUCAGCGUCCCUUUCGAGCGGUGAGAAGGCACGCGGGGUGUGGGCUCAACCGUCUCCGGGCGGGGCUGUAACAUAACACUCACUCACACGUCACCCGAUGAGAUUAACGUCACAUCGCGGCGUCUCCUGGACUUACGUCACGACGCGUCGCUUCCCGACCCCGCGCGGCUGCGUACGCCAACGCGCUCGCCGCGUCCGUCAGCGCGCUCCCUUCCUCCCCCGCGGGCACCACCCCGAGCACCGCGUCGCAGAGGAUGCCGGCGCCGACGCGCCACUGCGGGGGAGUCGUCCAACACGCCCGUCGCGAAUACCGCCUACUAGUUUGGACCGGAAAAACGUCUGACGAAUCCGCGUC